CACCGGUUUCAAGUGCGCAGUCUCAACAGAACAAUCGCUGCUAACUUUCCACAGGAGGCAGACCGUCGCUAACUUGCCCUUCUAAAAUAAUUAAUUCCUUAAAAAGCAGAUCCGGACCUGACCCGAGAAGGUGUCGUCAACAGGCUUUUCUGCAAACAAGCACGGACACACGCAGUUUAUCAUUAAACACCAACACCACAACGCCGGAAUGUUUAACCCACACCACCACCAUCAGCAGCAGCAGCAACAGCAGCAACAGUUUCACCGUCACCUGCGGCAGCUUCAGCAACUGUUCCAGCAGCCCCCUCCACCGCCGCCGCCUGCGCCACCACAACCGCCUCCAUCGCACCAUGCACCCAGGCAUCAUCAUCAACACCAUCACCACCAAGGAGGACGGGCCAUGGCUGUACCAGGCCCUGCUCCUCCACCUCCCCGUGUGGUCAACCUGGCCACUCGGGCCUCCAUGAUGGCCCCCAACCCAAUGUUACAAGGGGCUAUAAUGAUGCAGCAGAUGCAAGGUAGCAUGCAGAGCUUUGCAGCGGUGAGUGGGCAGCAGUUCACCCAGUUCUUUGCUGCAGGGGCCCGGUCCUCUCUCAUGGGCCCUGUACCCAUGGGCAUGUCCAUCAAGACCCCCCACAUGGGCUUCCCUGCACGACACUACCACCCCCACUCCCGCUACUACAACAACAACAACGACUAUGGAUCACGGCAGCCGGAUCGGAAGAGGGAAAAUGAGCAGAGAGCCGUUGGGAGCACAUUUAGCCGACCUGCAGCCAGCAGGACAGCAGGGCAAACCAAUGAUAAGGUUCUGAAAGAUGGAGGAGUGGGAGGGCCAGAUGGACAGGCACAGCCUUCAGUGCAACCAGAGCCUGAGGAGCCGGCGUUGAAGAAGCAGAGGACAGAGGUGUUAGAGGAGACUGUGGAGCAGCCUCCUGAGACCGGCGGGGUCCUGAGUGCAGCAGAGUAUCAAAGCCCACCGGUUCACUGCCAGCCUGGAGACUGUGUCAUUCUGGAGGAGGGUGGGAGCACAGCUGAACCAGUGGCUGCAGAGGCAAUGGAGGAGAGCAGAGCAGCCGAGGUUCAGAGUGGAGUGUCGGCCAUGCCAGCCUCUGAGCAGCUGAGUGGUGAGAGCCAGGCAUUCACUCCAGGCCUGGAGAACAUGGCAGAGGGCAAGGCUGCCCCAGGGGCAUUGGAAAGGGGGCAGGAAGAGGGCAAGGAGGGGGGUGAUGCUGCCAACAAGUUCUAUUGCUACAUCUGCACUCUGGCCUGUCACAACCAGCAGGACUUCCAGAGCCACAUGAACGGCCUGGCCCACCAGCAGAGGAUGAUGGAGAUCCAACACAUGUCCAGCGCCUGUCUGGUUACCCUGAUGCCCCGUGUCCAGGAGUCACUGCAGGGAGGCUGCGGAGACAGCUCCUCCUUCAAGGACGGAGAGAAGAAACCCGGCCCGCAGCUUUGGUGUGCUACCUGCAAAAUCCACUACACCAGUACAGUCAUGGUGCACCGCAGGACCAGGGAGCACAAGCUGGCCAGCCGCACCUCCAAUCCCUCCUGUACCGUCUGCAAGAGGCACUUCAGGAGCCCACUCCUGUUCCUGGAGCACAUGCAGUCCCAGGGGCACAAGCAGAGAGUUGAUGAGCUUCGGGAGGAGGGGGGGCCAAAGGCCUUGGCUGAACUGGUUGCCAUGGACGCACAAGGCUGCUUUGUAGACGAUGGAGACGAGGAGGAGGAGGAGGCAUGCGAGGAGGAAGAGGGGGACGAAGAGGAAAUGGAAGAUGGCGGCGAAGGCAGCUCCCAUGGGAAGGACGUCUGGCCGACCCAGAUGGAGGUGGCUCUACUAGAGGACGUAGAUGAAGACGAGGAGUUUGACCCUGACACGGUGUACGGUUCUAGCUUUGUGGUUCCUGUGGCUGGGUUCCUCUGUAGACUCUGCCAGCAGUUCUACCAUUUUGAGUCCUCAGCCCGCCACUUGCACUGCAAGUCACUCAAACACUUUGAGAACCUCAAGAAGUACAGGGCCUUGCGUAGCCAGAAGGAUGGGACAGUGGAACCUACUCCCAUAGACGGUACGGACGGAGAUUCAGAGUGUGAUAGUAACCACACUGUCUCAGAUUCAAACAGCCUGCCUUCAGAGCUCCUCAGCAGCCCUGCCUUACUGCAGCCCACCAUCUCCAUCACCAGACUGAGGCCCUCCAGACCCUGCCCUGAACCCCAGAACAACAAUCCCUCAGCUUCAUCCCUGAAGGACCUCACCACCACCAGCAGCACUGUGGGGACUCCGGCUCAAGCCUCCCCAGAGAAGCAGAGCCCAGUAAACCCUGAGGACGAGGAAGAAGAGCCAACCCCAGAACAAGCACCAGUCACAGAUGAGGAAGAGCCAACCCCAGAACUAGCACCAGUCACAGAUGAGGAAGAGCCAACCCCAGAACUAGCACCAGUCACAGAAGAGGCAGAGGAGGAGCCAGCACCAGUCGCAGAGGAGGAGCCAGUCAUGGGAGAGGCAGAGAAAGCGCCAGUGGCAGUUGAGGAAAAGUCAGCCCCAGUCACAGGAGAGGAAGAGGAGGCAAAGGCAGCUGCUCCAGAAGAGAAGACGAGCAAAGGGAAAGCCAAGGGCCCAUCCAAAAGGAAGUCUGGGAGGACAACACGGAGACGUUGAGAGAGAGAGAGAGAGAGAGAAAGAAAGCAGGAGAAAGAGAGAGAGAGGGAUGGAGAGUGAGAGCAGAAGAAAUAAAUAAUAUCCAGUACAAUCGCUACCCUAGGACAGGGUACAUUAGUUUGGGAUAGGGUCCCCCGCCUCCUCUUCUGUAUAGCUCAAUAGACCUGGCAACUCAAAACCGGUGAUCCUCUAACCUAUAUUUGUAGGUUUUUCAUUUUUUAAUAACACAAAUAGAUAGAAAUUACUAACGUGCAUUCAGUGGAACCUGACUGAAGAGAAUUAUGCGGAAACAAAUUGUGGAUGUGUGUGUUGCUGUCAUAAAGUGUGGAAAGGGUCAAAUGAAAAUGAAGGUCCGUUUUAGUUUAUACAUGUUGUGUUCUAGUUAGUUAAAUGUCUAACUCAACACAUUGUUGCCAGGUUUAGGAAGGGAGUGGUGUUUUAGUCCAGGAACCGAAUGAAUCAUUAUAGCAGGCGACUUAUCUGAAAAUAUUUUGUGAUCGGGGUGGGAAGUUAAAAAGUUAAUGAUACUGUUUGAAUGUCGAGUAACUAUGAAUCUUGAUUUGAUCCUAGCUUUGUUGAAGUGCUAUUGUCAUUUUUUACACAUUCUCUGAACUGUUCAGGAGAUUUCCUUGGAUGUUAGCAGGUGAGGGGAUUGGUUAGAGGGGGGUUUCAAAGGGGGAAAGUCUUAACUGCUUUGUCUAUUUAGCUCAGAUAAACCCUGAGCUGCUGCUUUCCCCUCACUAUACUGCUAAAUACAUUUUAAUUGACUUGUUUAGCUCUUUAACCCCUUGAUUGCUGAAACUGCCUACAUCCCACUGGUAUCGCUCCCAAUUUGCACCUGAACCUCCAUAAGGCUGUGCGAUGAGCUCAUGGUUUUGACAAGACUAAAUUAUAGAUCAUUAGUGUUCCUGCAAUGUUAGGGAGCACAGCAUGAUUUUAGUGAGCUUUGAAUAUAGCUGUUCUUAAUCCACUCAUAGUGUUAUAUUAUAACAGUUUUCUAACAGAACUUGACAACUCCUGAGACCAUAAAACUAUCCUUUUAGAUGUGGCUGGAAUUGGGAGAACACAUUGGCCUAGAAUUGAUCUUCUUUGCUAUAGUUUGUUCUCAAGAGACAACCAGUUUUAUUCAAAGUUCAGUGCGCACUCUUUUCUUCCCCCUCACAGUUGGAAGCAUUUGGCCUACCUAUUGCCAGCUAAUACAAUGAGGAAUUUCCGAACCCUGUCACCCCAUUUUAAUGUUCAUAUUUUCAAAAUUCCUGAACUGAAAGAAAUGUUGCAUUAACAAGCUUACGCAUCACAAACAUGACAUUGUAAAAUAGUUGAGUAGUUUUGUGCUGGUUUUCCAUCCUUUAAAAAAAAAUGAGUUGGUACUUAUUUUAUUUUUUCUCACACACCCAGCUCUGUUACACUGGACUAGUAAGAGUCAUUUUUUUUGUUUAAGUGUCUGUACAAGUGACAUUGCAUGGCAGUUGAGACUUUUCACAUUGGUAACAUUAAUAUCAAGCUUAUUAUCAACAAUAUUGAAGUGGUAUGGAUGGACUUGGAGUUUUUCAUAACAAUGAGACCUGACCUGGAGAAACUAAGGCUGCGUUUAGUCAGGCAGCCCAAUUCUCAUAUUUUUUCACUACGGCCGUGUCUACACUUGACACUUGCAUGCCACUUCUGUUAUUAGAAUAUGAAGUAUGCAUUGAAGCGACAGGUCUAGAUAAACAAAAGUCGCAUUGUGGUUGGAAUUGUUUAGAUCUGGCUGACUGCCUCAGGUGGUGGUCAGAGACUCAUUGUGUGGAUUUCUCAGUCUUUUUGCAAUCAGGCUACCAAACGUGAAUACAGUGGGCAAUGUCACAGCACUCUGCCCACAAAUCUCCAGAUAAUGUAUGUUUUGGCAGCAAGAGACACCUUUUUUCAUUAAAUGGAGGAAAUGCGUUCUUAGCGUGAGGAAUGUGUUUGCUGGCUUCAUAAAUGUUAGCCCACCAGCUUAUUUGGAGUUAUAACCUGUUUGCAAUCCCUUUUAGCUUUGCUUGCUGGCUAAUUAGCUACAGCAGUUGGUUACUGCCAUCAAGUUGUCAGAUUUAGCCUGUUCCAGCGUUUGAAGAAAAAGGGAAUCCUGUGACAAUGUGGACGUGUUCAGAAUUCCAUGAUCAGAACUCCAUGUUCAGAAUACAAAAGUAGCAUGAACUGUCAUGUCUAGACACGGCCUAAUUGGUCUUUAAACCAAUCAGCUCUGAAAAAUAUCUGAUGUGAAACAAAUCUGUGAUUGGUCAAAAAAACAAUUUAGUGGGGGGGGGGGGUUGGACGUCCAAACGCAGCCUAACAGGAAACUCUUUGCUUUGGGCACGGAGAAUGAAGUGUCUUUUCCCCAUUGAUAGUCAAUUAGUGUAGAAGUUGUUUCUUUUUUUUCUCACGCAUAUCUUGUUUGCUCCAGUACACUGGACUAGUAGAUAAUAGACUGCGUAUAGACGGGCAGACCAAUUCUGAUAUUUUUUCCUCUAUAUGGACCAAUCGCAUCUUUUCAAAGCGGAUCUGAUUGGACAAAAGACCAAUUAGGGAGGGGGAAAUAUCAGAUUUGGGCUGGAUGUCCAAAUGCAGCCGUAGUCAUUGUCAUUGAGUAUAAUUGUCUGUACAAACAUUGCAUGGCAGAGUUGUCACCUUACAAAUUAGUAACAUUAAUAUCAACGCUAUCAACAAUAAUGAAAUGAAAAAAUGAUACGACUUGGGAGUUUUUCAGAACCAUGAGACCUCAGCGGGGAAAUUUAACUGGUCAGGAAAAUCUCUUGGCUCCAGGCACAGAGAAGGAAGUGUAUUUUACCUAGUGGUAAUAGAUGUGUAGCAGUCAAAGUUACAGAAACUGAGAAGCAGCAGUUCUGAUUUUGAAGUACACCAACAGAAGAAAUUGAAUGAUUCACCAGCUUGUGAUCUAUUUAAUUGACGAGACGUGGAUAACUAUUUGUCACUGGCCUCUUGGUGAGAGGAGACCUGAAUAUAGGAUAAUUGUUCAUAAGUUAUAGACAGAACUACAUAAGACCGAAUCAGGUAAUGUAACACUCCAGUUAAGAGUCCCCAAUCACAGCCACUGUAUUUUUUUUCAAGGAACAUGUAAGGAAUAAGUCUCUCCCAGAUGAUACUGAUGCUUUCAGUGAAUGGGCAGUUGUUUUUAUUAGUUCACUUGUACAGAGGAAGAGCAGAUACAUAGACUGUUUACACAGGCAGCCCAAUUUUCAGAGAUGAUCUUAGUCAAAAUACCAAUUAGAUCAGAAUUGGGCUAACUGUGUAAACAAACCCAUAUUGGCUUUGAUGAAAGCAAGCUCAUUUGUCUUCUAGUCUCUGGUUUGCGUCCCACUGAAAUAUUAUAAAGGACCAGAGCAUGACGGAAAGGGUCUUUUAUGUGAAAUUUCAAACAGCUGUAUGUUUCUUAAUGUAUUUUUAUUCUACAAAUGACAAACCGAUGAACAAGAGUGUUUUCUAGCAGCUGGAAGUUCCAUGUAUUUUUGGGGUGUUUUCUGUAUUGGGGUCAUUUUAAUUUAUAAUAAUAAAAUUUGACAAUUGCCUCACUGA